AUGUCGAAUCGAAUUGGCGUUUCUCUUCUUACACUGCCAGUCGAGCUCGUCUACAGAAUUCUUGAUCAUCAAAACGAAUACACUAUUCUAUGCUCAAUUAGAAAUGUUUGUCAACGUCUGGACAUCAUCGUCAAUGGCUACUAUCAAUACCAGCCUAUCAUCACACUAGAUUUUUUCGGUAGUAACCUCGACAAUAUUCAAGCACAACGCUUAGCUGUUGCAUUGAGACACAAUACAAGUAUUACUCUAUUAGAUCUUGCAUAUAAUAAUAUAAGAAACACAGGAAUUGAAAAGUUGGCUGGUAUCUUCAAUAGCAACCAGACGCUGACUUUUCUACGACUCGCAAGUAACAGCCUUGAAGAUGUAGCUGCACAGCAUCUAAAUAAUGCCUUGCGCCAGAACAAAGUGCUUACGAUCCUCAAGCUGCAAGAUAAUCGAAUUGAAGAUACGGGAGCAAAAUAUGUUGCUAAUGCGUUAGAAAAUAACACAACACUCACUACGUUGGAUCUCACUGAAAACGUAAUCACGGAUGUCGGAGUUCAGGAUCUGGCCGAAGCAAUACACAAAAAUAAAACCAUCACUGCACUAUAUCUGGAAAGUAAUAAUAUCACAUGUACGGGAGCACAAUAUCUGGCGAAUGUAUUAAACGAUAGCGCAAACCUCACUUCAUUAAACCUUAGGAAGAACAGUAUUGAAACUGACGGAAUACGGUACAUAACUGACGCAUUACAAAACAAUACAGUUCUUGCUGAACUAUACCUCGGCUUUAAUCUAGUCGCAGAUGAUGGAGUCAAAUAUUUGACUGAAGCCCUACAAAAUAACACAACAUUGACGGUACUAGANCUGCUGUUCAUGGGUGUAUCAUUGGUGGAGCUGCAGUCUCGGUCGUUGAAAAUUCGUUGUGGAUUCAUGAGAGAGGACGAGUUACACGCGUAA